AUGAUAUCUGAAAAAUAUCCACUUGACGGAGAUUUCAUCAAGAUUCAAGCAUCUGCACACAUCGAAUUCGAAUUAGCACGCGUCAAUAGUGAACCAAGUGUCAUUAUCGAAACGGAAGAAUGGGUGCAUACACGUCGUCUUAUAACUGUUUCAACAAGACCGAAUGAUUGUCUUGAUAUCAAAUUAGUGAGCGGCAUCAAUUAUCCAGCAAUCAAAGUAUAUGUUAGUUACCGAACACCUCUGGUUGAUUUGGCAAUAGAUGGAACAUCAUCGAUGAGAUCAAAAAACGUCCUUGUUAGUAAUCCUUCGUCGCUUUUGAAUAUUGCACAUUCUGGAACUGGCACCAUAAUAUUCGAAUUUCAACACGACUCUAAUAUUAAUGUUGCCAUAUUGGGUACAGGUCAAUUCAUUUUAUCUGGUCGAGUUCGAGGGAAUGGACGAUUGAGUGUCUCAGGCACUCCUCGUUUGGAUGCACUGGCAUGUCCAAUGAAAAUUGUGACUAUUGAAAUGUCUGGAACUGGAUUGGCUCGUGUUUAUGGUGUAGAAGGAGUUCAUAUCACUAUGAGCGGAGUUGGUACCAUUUGCUAUCGAGGACCUUUGCUCGGUCAAAUAACAAGUGGUCUUGGUUGGAUCAGCGAGUGUAUUCUUGAACAGACGUCUGAAAAACCUCUACAUUCAUCAUCGAAAAGUGACAAAAUCAUGGAUAGAAAUCAACGAUUAAUGGUGAUUCUUGCUAUUACAGUUUUCUUUCUCUUCUUCUAA